GAAGUUUAAAGCUUUAAUCUUAUCCAUUCUAUUUCAAUCCUGGUAUACACAGCCCAUUUAAUCUCUAGAUGAUGGAUAUUGUCUCUGCUAUGUCAGGUGUAAGCUUCAGGUGCACAACCCAGGAUCUAAUUGGAAACGAACCUGAAACGUCCACUGACACCAGAGAUCGUUCUCGUGACAUUGUAGAAUGUGAUCAAGUUGUAGUUUCACAGACAACUAUUGCCGUAGUUGUUAUCAACACCUGAAACUCCUGAAAAUUCACCUGAGCUUAUUCACGUGUGUUAAGAUGGAAAGAACAUCCCUCGAUCUCCAAGACGCUUUAAAUCAUUUAUAAUAAGAAGCUUACACAACUUGCCCCUAGAGAUGGGCCGUGGCUUAACGCAUAAUACAAGGCACGGGUUCUUCCGGAAACUUCUGAACAAAGUUUUGAAAUAAAGUUUUGUUAAUGAAGCAUUGGAGGUUGGAUAUAUUGAUGAGCACACCGCCUACAGUUACCAUAGGGCAUGGCGUCAUUCAUGAGAACAUCCGGAAAAGCUAGCAUUCAGCAGGUUAUGGAACACGAUUUUCAUGCAGCUAAAUAACAACCCAAGUUUUAGUUUUACACAAUAUUUACGUUAACAUUGGCAGAAGUAUAGCAAAAUGAAUCCAAAGUUGUUCCUCCCUCUUCCCUCCCCAAGUUUAUUUCCUUAAUUAAGUCGAGAGGGUUUGGAAAGUAAAAAAAAAAAAAAAAAAGCCCAUGUAAAGAUGGAUACGGACACACAAAAUGCAAUACCCUUCCUAUUUCAGUUGCAUGGGUACAGCAGAACAUCACAACUGAUUGUCAUUCUCUCAUUGUGUACCAGUAAGGACCAUGGCUGUUCAGAUCGUUGUUACAUUUUUAAUCUAGUCAAAGGACUCGACCUAAUCUCAGUGUGAUAUUGUGAAGAUGCCCAGAAAAUGGGCAAAAUUUUCGUUGUUGGGGAGUUACACCAUCCCCUGGAUACAAGCCAGAGAAUUGUAUGUCCCCUGAAAUUUCCAGUGUGAUCCUGACAAUCUAAUAUUCCUUAAGAUUAAUCUUUGGGUUGGGACUAAAAAAUUGGAAAUUCCAUGUCGAAAUCGCAGCGUCCAACCUAGCGUCAUUGAUGCUAAACGGAUUCAAUUUGUUUGUUAAAGAUAUUGUUUCUAUUUACAUAAUUUUCUCCACUUGUCACAUGUACGGAUAACACUUUGUGUUUUAUGAAUAUUUGAACUUGUUUGUCGGUUCUCCUUUCUGCCCAGUGUUUUAUGUAUACCUGUUGAUAGGUGGUCUAUGCUUAGAGUUGGUGUUAUAUCUCUUAUCAUGUACAGUCCUAGAGAUAACAUUAAUCCUAUUAAUUCAUGUUCUGUCUGUUGAAAUAGGGCCCAGUUUUAUUUGUGUGUUGUUGUUUCGGUUUCAUUUUUGUUCGCAGUCUCGUUGGGUGUUGGAAUGUAUGCGAUGUCUGCAUCCAUUUCAGAAAUUUUCUUUUACCCUCAAUGUCACUGGAAUUCGUUUACGCAUCUGAGGGAUGCCAGGAAUGUGUUGCAUUGUGCGCCAAUCCCGCCGUGAUUGAAGAUCGAAUCGAACGUUCACGUCAUCGCAGCAAAAGCGAAGUGUCUUCUAUUCGUUCAAACUGCAAGUAUCGCGUCUACGCUUCCUUCGAAAUCCUCUUGGAAAAUUCUGCAGAUCCGAACGGUGUUCCAAACGCCAUUUUUAUGUUGUGCCGUCAUUACACGUACGACCAACUCAUCGAACUGAUCGGAUUCUUCGCUCAAUCUGGUGUUGAAAUUCAUCACGCCAGCACGGGAUCUGCAUCAGUUUCAUUUCUUUGUCGUUACGACAUUGAUAAUGUGAUUAACUUGAUUCAAACACUCGUUCAACACGACUGUAUCUCUUCGCGGAUUUGUGACGCACUUGUCCAGCUGCUUCGCAAUGGCGUCAGUGAUAUAAUUAACCGAAUUCGGACGCUCAUAAACCACGGCAUUGAAAACGUUCGUCUAGAUUGUGAUUCCGGGAACGGCAACGUAGCAGAAGAUGUGAAAACUAUUUUAUUUAAAUUAGACGGUGAUGUCAUCAAUUCACGUACUGAAAAGUGCCAAUUGAAAUCCAUUUUGAAAUCGUGUCGGCCAACCGUGCACGUUAAAAUCCAUUCGCCGUUACAUCGACGGAUGAUCUACAAUCAUCAGAUCGAUUACGUUGAUGAAUCUGGAUUGUUAAGUUUUAACAUGAGAGAAAACAGCAUUUUUCUUCCAGCUUUCAGAGACUGGCAAACAAUUCACGUUGCGUGGCACUGCCCAGAAGUCGUUGCCGGACAACUUGAUCAGCUCAUUUUUAGUUACCUGGACAACCAUUCACAUCGGCGUGAAUUGUGCGAAAAAUCGGCAGGCAAUUGCGAUUGGUGUCGUGUUGGAUCUGAUGUCGAUGAGUACCUCAACAGGUUGAUGGACAAGGUUGAAGAACUGUGUUCCCUUUUCGCAGCCGAACGACUGAUCCAUUACGGAAGUUCGGCGGAGAAAACCAACAUUUUCCGAGCUAGUGAGUUCGACCGAGGUGUCGUUUUGAAAAAUUUCCGCCAGUCUUCAUCUGAUCCUAAUCAGAUCGUCUACACGGGCAACGAUCCGGCUUUCGUGGCCUUCAAAGACGGCGAAUCUCCAAUCAAUUCAAGUGUCCUACUCUUUUUAUUCAUGAACACGAUCACGGACGCUGUGGAACGUGUUCACAGUGUCCACGUUUUCGCACCGACAGUUGCCUACGGUGAAACGUGCGUCACAAUUUAUUUCCUCUAUCGUGGAAGACAUCCUUCGGCCGCGGUGAAAGUUAGCGUCGACAUCACGAUCGCUGUCAAAGCGGCCGAACAACCGGCCAUGAUCUCUAACGGCUGGUUUGUUUCAGACGACGUCGAAGGUGUCGUCCUUUUAGUACCCCAUCGACGUGGCGUCGGCAGCCAAUGGCGUCUAUCUUAUCCGACUUUAGAGCGGGACAUGCUACUUCACGCAGGUGAACAAGUUUCGCGAGUGUAUCAGUUGCUGAAGUUCUUGGCAGCUCUCCAUCACUCCAAGGGGAAUUUUAAGCGCGAAAUACCGAGGAAAUCCAGUCUGUCGUCAUACGCCUUGAAGACUUGCUUGUUCCGUUACAUGCGCCAUAACUACCAACCUCCUCCGUGGCAGCCGGAAGACGCCCUCCGUCACGCCGUGGGCAUUUUGCGUCAAUUUCCUAUUCAUUCGUGUGAGAUGACGUCGUAUUUCAACAAAGAGAUUGUUGUGUUCAACGUCACGCCGAAGAGUAGGAAAGCUGUCGCAGAAAUCAUUUCUGUCUUAAAUAAAUUGGUGUAAUAAUUAUAUUGUUUACCUUUGAUACUUUUGUUAAGUACUUAAACGAG